CUUCAUAAACCACGUCUCUUCAAUAUUAAGCGUCUUUGCUAGUAAAACUUGAACCUGACUUUUUAAAUCUUAAGUACCCAUUUCGAAAGUUGUCAUGUUUAAUCAAGCAACUUAUAAAUUCUCGAGCGGGCACUGCUUCAUAGUAUUUCGGUCUACCCCCUGUCAGCUACAAUGUCAACUUUCGAUGGCAUCAUUCACGAAUUCCCUAAUAUUAGAGUUGACUUCUUCCGUAAAUUCAACCUCCGGCCUCCGCUGGCUUGUUUCUUAAGCCAUGUUCAUAGCGAUCAUCUCGCCGGACUCGAUACGCUUAGAAGUCCUUUUGUUUACUGUUCGGCUGCCACAAGGGAAAUCUUGCUCCGACUUGAAAAGUAUCCUUGUCGACUGAGCUUUUUUAAAGGAAUACUCGAGGAUCCACGAAUGCAAACAUAUAAGCAUUUAGCCAAAAUACUAAAGCCCAUUCCUCUGGAUACCCCCACCAAGAUCGAGUUAGAUCCUACCCAGACCAUACAAGUUACACUUCUAGAUGCAAACCACUGUGCUGGUGCAGUUAUGUUCCUGUUUGAAGGCAAUGGCAACGCUGUCUUAUACACAGGAGACAUUAGGAGCGAGCCUUGGUGGGUAAAUUCUAUUGCUAGAAACCCUAGUAUGGUAGAGUACUCUACGGGACUGAAAACGCUUGACCGUAUAUAUCUCGAUACUUCGAUAUUGAGCAAUUUCCCUCUACAGACUAAGGCGGAUGGGCUCCGCGAACUUCUGGAGAAGGUUGCACGCUAUCCAAAGGAUACUAUAUUCCACAUGCAAGCAUGGACUUACGGAUACGAAGAGGUCUGGAUUGCCUUAUCGAAAGCUCUAGACUCUAAGAUUCAUGUCGAUAAGUACAAGAUGGGCGUUUAUAAAUCCCUUGCCAUCAAAUCAUCAGACAAUCGCUACGCUGAUCAAACUCACUUGACUAAGGAAGCUCCAUAUCUUGUAGGCUUCACCUGCGGUAAUACCCAACGGGAGGGGUGUCUGACGCUAGACGAAAAUGUGCGAAUUCAUAGCUGUGAGAAAGGUAUGGGCUGUAAAGUUCUGGAGACCAAACCGAUCAUGUGGAUCCAGCCAAUUGUCGCGCAUCUUAAGAAUGAGCAAGACAUGGUUGAAGUGGGUAUUGGUGGAGGCGGGGACGACCUGGCACAGAAACCAACCCUUGAAAGGGAGGGCAUUCGAGCUUUGUUACAAUUGGUCAAAUACAAAGGAGAGGUACUAGGUGAUUUAGAGCCUACGAUUACGCAAUUCCUUCAGAAAGCACUAGAUGUUUCUAGAGACGUCGAUCUCGAUAUUGGGAGAUUUAGCUUCAAGGAAGAGUAUUCCUUCGCAGAAAUAGUUAACUCACUUACUAGGAGAGUUGAAGAAAUCCGAAAUCCGGUAAGCAAGAUCGUAGAAGACCAUCCUGACGUCCUUACGAACCAAAUCGCAUUCCCAUACGCUAGGCAUUCUUCUUUGCCCGAACUUCGACAUCUUAUUGAGACUUUCAAGCCUGCCGAUAUUUGGCCAUGCACGGUAGAUCCGAAAUCUUGGGCAGAAGAGGGUAUUUCCAUAAAAAUUCUUUUCGGAGAUAUCUGCACUGGUGAUGUAUUCCAACAUGACUUGCUGAUGGGCGAAGUAUCGGAGCUGCGACCAAAGUUGCGCGAAGACGGGGGAAAUGCACCUGAGACUCAGUCAACGGCUGCUUCUCGGACAAGAAAUCUCACUAGCCCAACAAUCUCAUCACCUGAUGCCCUUCAGUACCAUACGUCCACUGGUAUAGACCAUAUAUCCGUAGGAUUUUCACCCACGAGAGGCCAAUUACGAAAUCAGAGUCCUAACAUAUCGUCACCACACCGCUAUUCGCAGACUCCCCAGGCGCAGAUGGUACAGGCCUCCUUUUAUUCGUACAAAAACAAACGCAACUAUAAUUUCUUCCAAGACGGCCGAGAUACACAGCUCGAAGACGACGAGGAAGAAAGCAAAUUAAACCUCCAGGACUCUCAGGAUCCAGAGAUAUCCGACUACGCAUACGAGACUAGGUUGCGCGCCUUUCGAGCAGCUCGGGCUAACAUGAAGGAUGACGGCGCUUGGAGAACUAUAAAUCUCAUCUCUACUACGGAUAACCACAGCAUGGUUGAGCCGGAGCUAUGAGAUAUAUGACUACCUAAAUACAUAAGUAUAUGGUGAACAACUGGUAUGAGAUCGGCGUUUGGGGGUAAUGGUAAUUAGCAAGACGCAUGUGUUUAUCUUAGGAGAUACCAUUUGCUUUAUAGAGGUCGCAAAUACAUUCAAAUUCCUUUUCAAUCUACAGCCAAC